AUCCUGGCGGUGUCUGAACUCGAACUCUAUGGUCGUCCGUCCUCUGCGCCUCCUCUCUAGCCAUCCGCGCUCUAUGCUCCGCGGUGGCGGUCCGCCGGCCAGCAGCUAGAGAGCCGGGAGGGGUGCGCAGAGGGAGGCGGGGAGGGAAGGCAAGAGGUGUCUCCUCUACGCGAGCGGCGGGAGACCCGAGCAAGCUCUGUGACAGCUGGUCGGCCGCCAUGUCAGCAAGCGGGGCUGGAAGCGGAUUCGGCGCCCGGCGGUAGCCCUCCUUUCGUCUCCGGUUCCCAGACAUUGAAGGACUUUAAUGAAACUUAAAUGGUUCAACAAAAGAUGCUCUAAUGGAUGACAGCGAAACUCCUACAUAUAAUCUGCAGAUAGAACCACAAGAUGGAUGUCAUCCUGGUGAUGGCAUGGAAAAUACUGUAACAUGCUUGCACUCUGCAUCAGAUGAAAAUGAAAAUCAACUUGAUGGGGAUGGGCAUGAGCUUCUGACCAGCAUUGACAGUGCAAUGGGCAAACCUGAAGUGUUUGAGCCAGACAGUCUCAACAAUAAUGAAAGCUGCACAUCAAGCUGUGAGGUGGCUGCAGGUGAGAACUUGGAAAACACUGCUUGUGAAGGCCCCAAAGAUGCACAGGCCUUCUUGAGAAAGGACCAAAAAAUACCUGGAAAAAGUUCAAGAAGCAAAAAAGGCACUGUUAAGAAGAUACCACAAGGACUUUCUUCAGGAGAUACCACACCCUUUAUGCAAGAAAAUAUAUUACAUGCAGCCAUACAUGCCGUUAGUGAUGAAGAGUCUGCAGAAGUAAAUGCUAAUGACCAACUAGAAGCCCCGAAGCUGGUUCUGCAAUCUCUGUUCUCACUUAUACGGGGUGAAGUUGAGCAGUUGGAUUCAAGAGCACUUCCCCUUUGCCUUCAUCAGAUAGCAGAAUCCUAUUUCCAGGAGGAGGACUAUGAGAAAGCAAUGAAAUUCAUUCAGCUCGAACGACUGUAUCAUGAGCAAUUGCUCGCAAAUCUUUCUGCCAUUCAAGAACAGUGGGAAACAAAAUGGAAAACUGUACAACCACAUACAGUUACAUCUUUGAGGAAUUCAGAAAAAGGAUUUAAUGGUGAGGAUUUUGAACGGCUUGCUAAAUUUUGUACAACACAUCAAGACCCUCUUUUAUCCAAACAUAAGAUAGCAGCUGUACAGAAGUCCCUGGGAAGGAAAUGCUUUACUCAGUUAAUAGUAUCUGAAGAUCCAAAGGAAAGAGGAGCUACAGCCAAAGAGCCGGAGAGUGAAACUUGUCUUGGCAUGGAAUCAGGAAAAGAAAGCCAACAUAAAAAAGAGACCCGGGAGAGCAGUCCCUGCUGUAAUCAGAUGGACAGGCAGGCAGAUCCCCUGAGCCUUCCGGUAACUGCAGGGAAGGGCCACACGGAGGAGCCGCUCUGCAGCGUUGAAGCCACACUGGAGCUCCACGCCCUGCCCUUGGAGUCGGCAGGGAGCAGGUUUGGGCUACUCUCUUCAGGGAAUGCUUGUGAGGAUGACAGCCGCUUGCAGCUGACUCAGUCAGAGGCCAGCCAAGAUGUGGCUGAAAUAGAGAGCAUUGCUAAGGACUCUAAGGUUUCCAGCGAGUCAGUGAUAGAGCCAUUGAUUUUACCAGGCUCCGACCAUAUACCUCCUGCGUUGAUUUCUGAGGAUAAAUACUCACAGACGCGAAGAAAGGAACUCCAGUUGCUACUUCAGGAUGCUUCUGAGGCGUUGCCCACAGACCAACUUGAGAACAAUGAAUUAAAUGAGCUGCAGCAACCUGAUCUUACAGACUGUGAUGGAAAAUCACCACAGGGGCAGACUGACUCAGAGGGCUCUGAGAGUGUACUUUGUGAGAAUAAUCGAGUAUCUAAUUUAAGUACAGUGCUUCCAGAGGUGUAUAUGGCCCCAGAGGAACAGGGAGAUAAACACGAACAUGUCAGUAAGGAAACAGAAGACUAUUUGAACAGCCUUUUAGAAGGAUGCUUAAAAGAUACUGAAGAUUCCCUUUCAUAUGAAGAUUACCAAGAGGAAGACCCUGAUCUCCUUCAAGAUCUUUCUCCUGAAGAAGAAUCCUAUAGUAUACAGGAGAAUCUGUCUUCUGAUGAAAGCUGUCUUUCUCUCGAUGAUCUUGCAAAAAGGAUAGAGAUUGCAGAGGUUGUUCAUGCUGAAGGGUUGGUCUCUAUAUUAAAGAAGAGGAAUGAUACUGUAGGAGAUCAUCCUGCCCAGAUGCAACAGAAACCAUCUAAGCGAAGAGUGAGAUUCCAAGAAAUAGAUGACAACUUAGAUCAAGAUGAAGUUGGAGGUGGUUCCUGUAUUUUACUGGUCUUGCUGUGCAUAGCGACGGUUUUCCUUAGUGUGGGAGGAACUGCAUUAUACUGCACUUUUGGUGACACAGAGUCACCUGUUUGUACAGACUUUGCAGACAACAUGGACUUCUAUUACACUAAGUUACUGCAGGGAAUGGCAGGACUUAAACACUGGAUCUACCUCUCCUAAUAGCAUUCAAGAGGGUCAGGCAUGCUGGCCAUGAGAAUUAAAGAGUGAAACUUUCUAAAUAGCUUUUAUUUCAAGAGUUCUGUAACAUGCGCCUCCCUUCCCCAGUGAGGAAGCACAAACAUCAGAAGCAGCAACUUUAACUGGCAAUACAGAGGAACUCAGAACAAUCCACAUGAUGAUACAGAUAUUGAUCUGAGCACUGUGGAUGGAAGGAGUGGUCUUUGGAGAGCAUGUCCACCUCCUCUUCGCUGCUUCCUAGUGUAAUGAGCUACAGAAUUAAACAGGGCAAUGUUGGAGCCAAACCAUUUUGGGCUACCUUGUCAGGCUAAUGGCUAAGGACACUUGUGGUUUAUAACCGUUUGUCCAAAGACAUUACUUCCAGCCAUCACGCAAUAAGUUUGUGUGUAAUGAAAAAGAGUUACCUUACAGUUUCAAUGUCUUUUUUUAGUUCACCUUGGGAGCUGUGUAAUUUAGGCUUUGUGCACUCUCCAGAUUUCCAUUUGUGAAAUGAUUAUGUUUGUGUGUGUGUGUAUGUGUAUUUCAGACAGUUACCAUAAGCAAAAACCCAACGUAGAAUAACAAAGAUUAUUCUUCCAACGUGACUAUAGAUGUGCAGCCACAAAACUUUCAAGACGGCUUAACUGUGGAACAGAUGAACGGUACAAGUCUUGGCCCUGAAUUAAGAAACUGUGACAGAUCUGUGACAGUGAACUUCAUUAACCAGCCAGAAAUUAAUCACAGGCCUAGAGGUAAAAUUAAAGAGGUCCCUCUGAGUGUCAGGCAACCAGUUUCAUCCUGGAUUCAGUGCUUCCUGAUAUAAUAAAUGCUGGAUUCAUCUCAAUUCAAUAAAUACUUAUUGAGCACCUAUUAUGCUCUGAGAAUCUAAGAACCCUUCUAUAAAGAUAAAUAAGGUAUUAGUUCCUGCUCUAGAUGUUUUAAUUCUGGCCUUAUGUAAAAUAAACUAAUACUUUGGCAAAUGAAAUUAAAUCAUCAUAUAUAAUUCAGUAUUAACAGAUCAUACAUUCAGAUGCUUGAAUGUGCAUUCAUAUCAUGGGCUUGAUUUAGACCUAAUGUGAGGUCAUUAGGCGAAAAUUCAAUCAUAUUUUAAGUAGGCAAAUGUCUGAUUUUUAUUUAAAUCUGUCAAUUUCCUUUUCUAAGGUACAGUGGUCUAACAAUUAGGAAGGCUUGCUUUGGCUUUUUAUAUCAUCAGCAGCAUUCUAAAAGAAACAAAACACAUGAACUAUAGUUUUCUGGCAAUGAUUAUUAUUUCAUGUUUUUCUGUUAGGAUCAUUUGAAAGAAAAAGAGAGAGUUUUCUUUUUAGUUGUUACUGGCUGGUACAGUACCUCCCUUUGUGUUUCUGCUUAUUUAUUUAGACUUAUGAUUUUUAAAGGGCUUUUUAUAGAAGUUGAAAUUGUGUCAUUUAGCAUGCAUCUGGUUAUCCCAAUGCUAGAUAUUGAAUUACUGUAUACUUAAUGUUUUGAUUUCCUAUAAUUUCAGCUCAGUGUGGUUUAAGGCUUGUUUAUUUUUAAAUUGAUGUUUUAUUUUUACUUAUAAUACUGUUUGACUUGUCUGUAUCAUGUCACCAUAAACUAUAAUAUUUUCAAGGAUUAUAGAUCAAAGAUAUUUAUUUAGAAGUGUACAAGAUACUGAAAUCUAGAUUCCUUAUACUUAAGGCUGAUUUAUUAGAAGAUUAUUUUAAUGUUCUAUUAUAAAUUUUAAGAAUUUGUAUUCAAAUUGUAUGUAAAUAUGUAAAAUGUUGAUGGUACUAUAUAUUAUGUGGUUCUGUAAAAGACAUUCACAAAGUCUACUGUGAGGGCCACCCCCAUCAGAGACAAACCUCUUCUGUUUUACCCUCAUGAUUUCUAGUUACAGAAAUUUGGUGAUGCUGAUUUCUGCCGGUUUUAUGUGAAGAUAAGUCAAAGUUUCCCUCCUGUUCACCUUUUUAGUACACUAUUGAAGUCCUAAAAAAAUCUAUAUGUCAUAUUUGCCUAUUGGCCACCAGGACCAUUACUUCCGAAACUGAAGGUUUCCUGGGAACCUUCACACUGAGGUGAAAGAACCGAGAUAAUACUUUGGUACUCUGCGGAGUCCAGUUGAGUCUCAGAAAAACCACGUGUGUCUUCACUACUUGCCAGGGAGGGUGAGGUGAGCUCAGGAGCAUAUUGAUAUCUUGAUUUAAGAUAGGCAUGAAAUCUCAACUAGAAAAAUUAGGGCAACUUUUAAAAAUGUAAUUGUCAUUUAUUGCAUGAAUUGGAGUAAUUCUAUCUGGUGAUGAGAGAAAUUGUUAUCUCUUGCAUAAAAAAAUCAUCAAGUUUUACUAUAAUGUAAUUUUUUCUGUCAUUUGAAAGCACUGACAACUAUUUGUAACUAAUCUUCCUUAAGAACUGUAUUUGAGGGUAACAGAUCAAGCUUGUAAUUUAAAAUCUAUACCAAAAUAAUGUCUCAGAGAGUUUAUUUGAACCCCUUGGGUACUGAGAAAAACUGCUUUAAAGUGAAAGUAAAAUAAUUUCAGAAGUUGGUCUGGCGCCAUGAGUAGAUUACUUUGGGUAGUCUAAUAGGUCCCUAAGUAAAUGCUCCUGUGCUUCUAAAACACCUCCCCAUCUGCCUGAAACAGCAACCGAAAUUCACUCUAAAAAUUCAUUCCUUUAGAUUUAAAAAUCAAAUCCCUCUGGGAGGUUUACUAUAUUGAGCUGUGAAUUUGUGUAUUAUGCUAAGAGGAUUUAAAAUUUGAAGGUAGACCUUAUUUUGAAAGGACAGAUGUGAAUUGGAUCUUGCUGGAAUGGCAGGGUGGAGAAAAGGGUAGGAAUUGAGAAAUAAGAGGGAAGAUGGGAAAAGAACAAAGAAAUCUUUUACCUAUUACCUGUUUUGCUGAAGCUGACUUUGUGACAUUUAAUCCCAAUCCAGAGAGAGACUGAAUAUUUGUGUUCCCACUAACGUGACCUGUAUAACUCUGUUCAUUUCUAUGGGCUCAGUUAAUAUUAACUCACCCUUGUAUACUUAAUUAUGAAGUGUAUAUAGUGUUUUCACAUUUAUUCAUUUGAUGCUUAGAUCAGUAAACA